AUGUUUGAAAACGUCGAUUUAAGCCAUGUUUGGACACAAUAUUGGCAACAGUCACUGGGACAAUCUGCAUUUCUCUGUGGCGGUGAAUCAGUUGAUCAAGAGAACAACUCAUCGAGUCCUUCCUCAUCAAAAGCACCGAGUCCAAGUCUUCCCAACGAUGGGGAUCCCGGUUUCGAUCAAGAAUUACCGCUGAUUGAUUGCCACUCGUUGGACGCAAAACGGCGACGAACACGCACGAAUUUCUCGAGUUGGCAACUCGAGGAACUCGAGAAUGCUUUUGAAUCGUCUCAUUAUCCGGACGUUUUCAUGCGAGAAGCGCUUGCGAUGAAAUUGGAUCUGCUGGAGAGUCGAGUGCAAGUUUGGUUUCAAAAUCGUCGUGCAAAGUGGCGAAAACGAGAGAAUCAGAGGAAAGCCGCGUUUCUCGGCUCAUCAAACAACAAUUCGACGAUUGGUGAAGAGAAUCAAUUAUUAUCCUCGUGCGGUGGGAGUGGUUUGAGUGGUUCACGGGUCACUCAUCCGUCAUUUUCCAUCGAAAGCCUCCUCGCAACUGCACGAGUUCCACGCGGUCGUCGACCGAACGCCAAAUACCCGCGUGUACAGGCUUGCAAGAAUCUGUCGCCGUUGAUGUUCCCGCUAUUCCCGAUCACUCAACCAGCGGGAAUCUCGAUUCGAGAAGCUUCACCCGAUCCACCAACAAUCACCGCUACAACCAAUCGAUCACAAUCUCCAAAAGUGAACAAGCAUUUGCAAAACGAUUUCUCGAUACCAGAUCCAUUGGAGAAUAAUUUGAUACCUGAAGUGGAA